AGUAGGAUUUAAGGUCCAAGCUUGCAUCACACUCAAAUUUUUACUGCAUGCCUUUGGUAAGUGCCGGAGUGAGAAGAGGUUUUAAAAUAAUUAGCGCAUGCUUACUUUUACCGCAUGCCUUUGGUAAACGCAGGAGUGAGAAGAGGUUUUAAAUUAAUCACCAUAAAUACGGUAUUUAUGGUGAGAAAUCAUUAAGAUGAUCAAAUUUCCACAAAGAUAAAUAUAACUCAUUAUUAAUAAUAACAUAGAGUUAAAGGUAAAUUGAGCAAAUUGGCUAUUUCUGGCAAUUUAUUUAAGUGUGUAUCAAACUGGUAGCCCUUGGCAUUAAUCAGUACCCAAGAAGUAGAUCUUGGUUUCAAAAAGGUUGGUGUAAAAUAUAGAAAUAAUUCACGAUCCGGUAGGUGGCAGUAUAACACAGAUAUCGUUUGUAUCCGCCCUCAUGCGAAGAAGAAGUAAAAACAAGAAGAAGAAAGACUUCCGCUGUUUGUUCAAACAGACAUCGUUAAUUAUUAUUAUUAUUUUUUUUAUCAUUUAGCUUUUACAGAUAUAAGUUUACAUUGUGGACACAAGUGUUUUAUUUUUCAAAGUUAUUUAAAAUGUGAGCCUUCGACUCUAAAUGGUUAUUUUUUGCGGGCGGAGAUGGCGAAAGCAUCGGCAUGGCUUCACGUCUGACUUUUCUUCCAACUUUUAAAUAAUAUCCAUGGAUGACUUUUUAAUGUCGACGUCCUAGAAGACUGUCAAGAAAAGAAUCUUUUAAUCCAACAGGAGACUGUUGUUGAUCACUGGAGCUUCAUCACAACGUCUGAAAAGAAGACACCAACAUGAACAGGAAACGAGAUAAAGGAUUUGAGAGUCCACGGCCAUUUAAAUUGACCCACCAGGUUGUGUGCAUCAACAACAUAAACUUCCAGAGGAAAUCUGUCAUUGGCUAUGUGGAGCUGACAAUCGUCCCUACAGUGGCCAACCUGAACAGAAUCAAGUUGAACAGCAAACAGUGUCGCAUCUACAGGGUGCGGAUCAACGAUCUGGAGGCCUCCUUCAUUUAUAACGACCCUACCCUGGAAGUGUGCCACAGCGAGUCCAAGCAAAGGAACCUGAAUUACUUCUCCAGUGCGUACACGGCAGCAGUGAGUGCUGUGGACCCUGAUGGAGGACAUGGCGAGUUGGUCAUCAAGGUUCCUUCUGAGCUCUGGAAACAAGGAGAUGAGUCCCAUAUUUUAAAGGUAUACAUUGAAUAUUCUCUGGACCAGCCCAAAGGGGGUCUGCACUUUGUUGUCCCCGAUAUGGAAGGAAGUUUGUCAGAGAGAGGAGCACACGUGUUCUCCUUUGGACACCACAACUCCACCAGGUUCUGGUUCCCCUGUGUGGACUCUUACUCCGAAUUAUGUACAUGGAAGCUGGAGUUCACCAUAGACUCCUCCAUGGUUGCUGUGUCAUGUGGCGAUCUGGUGGAGACAAUCUACACACAUGACAUGAGGAAGAAAACCUUCCAUUACACCCUGUCCAUCCCCACUGCGGCUCCCAACAUCUCCCUGGCAGUUGGACCCUUUGAAAUCCUAGUAGAUCCCUACAUGCAUGAGGUGACCCACUUUUGCCUUCCCCAGCUGUUGCCACUUCUCAAGCACUCUAUGUCUUACCUGCAUGAGGUGUUUGAGUUCUAUGAAGAAAUCCUGACUUGCCGCUACCCUUACUCCUGCUUUAAGACGGUUUUUGUGGAUGAGUCCUAUGUGCAGGUGUCUUCCUAUGCUUCCAUGAGCAUCUUCAGCACCAACCUCCUUCACAAUUCUAUGAUCAUCGACCAGACCCCUCUGACACGCCGCUGCCUGGCCCAGGCCUUGGCUCAACAGUUUUUUGGUGUUUUCAUCUCAAGAAUGUCCUGGGCUGAUGAGUGGGUGUUGAAGGGAAUAUCUGGAUACAUCUUUGGCCUGUACCUGAAGAAGACCUUUGGUGUAAAUGAGUACCGGCACUGGAUCAGAGAGGAGCUGCACAAGAUCGUGGAAUAUGAGCUGAAGAUGGGAGGUGUUCUUUUACACCCGACUUUCAUUGGAGUCAAAGAAAAAGACAAUCCGACGCCCCACCUUCACUUCUCCCUCAAGCACCCACAUACUCUCUCAUGGGAGUACUACAAGAUGUUCCAGUGCAAGGCUCACCUGGUCAUGAGGCUCAUAGAAAACAGGAUCAGCAUGGAGUUCAUGUUGCAGGUUUUCAACAAGCUUUUGAGCCUGGCCAGCACAGCAUCGUCUCAGAGGUACCAGAGUCACAUGUGGAGCCAGAUGCUUCUUUCUACCCAUGCCUUCUUAAAGUCCAUCUCCAACGUGUCUGGCAAAGACAUUGCUCCUCUCAUCAAACAAUGGGUAGAUCAGAGUGCUGUGGUCAAAUUCUUCGGCAGCUUCGCGUUCAACAGAAAGAGGAAUGUGCUGGAGCUGGAGAUCCGGCAAGACUACACAUCAUCAGGGACUCAGAAAUAUGUAGGUCCCAUCAAGGUGACGGUGCAGGAAUUGGAUGGUUCCUUCAAUCAUACUUUGCAGAUCGAAGAGAACAGCCUCAAACAUGAUAUUCCUUGUCACUCCAAGAGCCGAAGAAAUAAGAAAAAGAAGAUUCCUUUGAUGAAUGGAGAAGAAGUGGACAUGGAUUUAUCAGCCAUGGAUGCCGACUCUCCUCUUCUGUGGAUCCGCAUCGACCCAGACAUGUCCAUCCUGCGCAAGGUAGAACUGGAGCAAGCCGACUUUAUGUGGCAGUACCAGCUACGAUAUGAAAGGGACGUCGUUGCACAGGAAGAGGCCAUAUUUGCUCUUGAAAGUUUCCCAACUCCUGCCUCCAGACUUGCUCUGACCGACAUCCUUGAACAAGAACAGUGUUUUUACAAAGUCCGCAUCCAAGCCUGCUUCUGUCUGGCCAAGUGGAGCGUGGACUUCGCUUCAGCUGGGAUAGACUCCAUCUCACGUGUUGCCAAAAAGCACAUCGAAAAGAUCGCCAAUGCUAUGGUGAGCACAUGGCAGGGUCCACCAGCUAUGAAGUCCUUGUUCACCAGAAUGUUCUGCUGCAAGAGCUGCCCCAAUAUUGUCAAGACCAACAACUUCAUCAACUUCCAGAGCUACUUCCUGCAGAAGACGAUGCCCGUUGCCAUGGCAUUACUCCGUGAUGUCCAGAAUCUCUGUCCCAGAGAUGUCCUCAACUUCAUCCUGGACCUCAUCAAGUACAAUGACAACAGGAAAAACAAAUUCUCAGACAAUUACUACCGCGCGGAACUGAUUGAAGCAUUGACCAACUCCCUGACGCCGGCCAUCAGCAUCAACAACGACAUGCGUACGGUGGACAAUUUAAACGCUGAUGUACAUCUCAUACUGGAGGAGAUUACCCGAUUCCUCAACAUGGAAAAACUCUUGCCAAGCUACAGGAACACAAUUACUAUCAGCUGUCUUAAAGCCAUUCGCCAACUUCAGAAGAAUGGUCAUAUUCCAAGUGAAGCAUCACUCUUUCGAUCCUAUGCAGAGUAUGGGCACUUUGUUGAUGUCCGUGUUGCUGCUUUGGAGGCUCUGGUGGACUACACAAGAGUUGAAAGAAGCUCAGUGGAAUUACAGUGGCUGGUCAGUCUGGUUCAGAGCGACCCAUCUCAUUAUGUCAGACAUAAGAUCCUGGCCAUGCUUUGUAAGAACCCACCUUUCACCAAGAAAACAGAAUCCACUUUGUGUGAUGAAGCUCUGGUGGACCAACUGUGGAAGCUUAUGAACUCGGGUACAGCACAUGACUGGCGUCUGCGCUGCGAUGCGGUGAACCUCUACUACGUGUUGUUCGGUUUGACGCGGCCUUCCUGCCUGCCCCUGCCUGAACUUGGCCUGGUGCUCAACCUGAAAGAGAAAAAAGCUGUUCUCAACCCCACCAUCAAGCCUGAACUCAUUGUGGACACAGCUGCUAGCAUCGGGAUCCAUGGUGUUGGCAUCAGUUACCCACCUGAGGAUGACGAGCCUGACCCAAUAUCCCUGGGGGUCUGCGGGGUAGGUCAACCUCCUCAGGGCAUCAAGAGGAAGGCUGAAACUCAACUUGGCUCGCCUCCAGAACCAGGACAAGCAGUGCAGCACCUGGAAGAUGACAACAGAGCGGGCCGCUACAAGAUCAGGUUCAACAUGGAAGAAGAAGAUAUCGACAUGGAGACUGUUCAUGACAGCCAGGCCUUCAUUCACCAUCACCUCCAUCUGUUGGACAGACCUUCUACACCAGGCAAAGAGCCAGCACUGCUGGAACAUUGCAUGCUGUCCAUGCCGGCCACGCCUGUGCCGUCCUUCUCCAAAGAGACGUCCGCCCUGGCCAAGCACAGGAGUGAACAUGGCCACCAUCACCACGAGCACAAGAAGAAGAAGAAGAAGAAGCACAAGCACAAACAUAAACACAAGCAUGAAAACAAGGACAGGGAGAAGGGGAACUCGCAUCCAUACAGCAACAGUCCAGCUAGCGGCCGAGACAAUCCCGAAAAAAGCCUGCAAAAUCCUGGAGGAACGUCACGACUCAGCCUUUUUUCCUGAGAUUUUAGGACACAGCUGUGAGGAUGCUAGUAGGACAAUAAUGCUUCCUAGACCAUGAAUCAGCAGAUUUGCAAACAGAAGUAAC